AUGACUUGUGUCUGUUCUAUUUCUUACUCUGUGAUGGUUAAUGGUUUUCCUGUUAAGCCUUUUCCUGCAAAAAAGGGUCUUAGACAAGGAGAUACUAUGUCUCCUUUUCUCUUUUCUCUAUGUAUGGAGUACCUAUCUAGGUGCCUUAAGGAAAUGACUGGGAAUCCUAAUUUCAAUUUUCAUCCUAGAUGUGAGAAAUUAGGUAUUACCCACAUGAUUUUUGCAUAUGAUCUUCUCCUCUUCUCUAGGGCUGAUUCCAUCUCUAUUCAGCUUCUCUUGCAGGCUUUCCAGAAAUUCUCUUGUGCUUCUGGUCUGAUGGCUAAUUUAAGUAAGAGUGAGGUUUAUUUUGGAGGCAUCUCUGAUUUUGAUAAAGAUCAGUUGCAAACUGCUCUUGGCAUGAGUAGAGGUAGCUUGCCUUUUAGAUAUCUUGGGGUGCCUUUGUCUUUUAAAAAGCUUAUUGUUGCUCAGUGUAGGCCUUUGGUUGAAAGGGUUACUACUAGGAUUGGAUGCUGGACUUCUAGAAACUUGUCUUAUGAUGGUAGGUUACAGCUUAUCAAAAGUGUUCUCGUUGGUAUUCAGGCUUAUUGGGCUCAGAUUUUCAUCUUACCUAAGAAGAUUCUUAGGGAAAUUGAAUCUAAGUUCAGGAUUUUUCUUUAA